AUGACGGAGAGCUUCGUGGUGUCCAUUUGUCCAGAGACCAACGCCUUCGUCCAGUCCUUUCUGACCGGAUCAGACAGAACCUUCCUGCUUCAUGGUCCGGCUCAGCUCAAGACCGGACUCCAGACUCAAGAGCGCCACCUGUUCCUCUUCAGCGACGUCCUGGUCAUCGCCAAAGCCAAAUCCUCAGAGCAGUUCAAGCUGAAGGCCUGUGUGUGUCUGUGCGAGGCCUGGACGGCUGGAUGUCUGGAGGAGGUGUGUGAAGGAACCACGUGCCCAGAGAGGAGCUUUGUUCUGGGCUGGCCCACCUCCAACUGUGUGGCCGUGUUUGGCUCUGUGGACCAGAAGGAGAGAUGGCUGUCAAUCAUCAAAAGUCGGAUAAAAGAGGAGAAGGACAUGGAAGAACCCAAAACCAUUCCUUUGAGAGUGUUUGGAAAAGGAAUCAAUACUUUUGCUGUAACUAAAACACUUCCUGUCAGUAACUCGGACUCGGCCAAUGAGGUGAUCCGCCUCGCCCUGCAGCAGUUUGGGAUCAUCGGCCAGGUGAAGGACUACCAGCUCUGGGUGCUCUCGAAGCGGGACAACACUCCGUAUCCUCUGAUCGGUCAUGAGUUUCCCUUCAGUAUCCAGAGGAAUCACCUGCGACAGACCAGGCCAGACCAGACCAGGCCAGACCAGGAGCGGGACGUCUGUAAAGUCUGUCAGUUUAUCCUCAAGCUGCGCCCGACGGGGAUACAGGAGCCCACAGCUGCUACAGAUUUCCCGCAGAAAUCGUUCAAACGGCGGCGUUCCCUGAUGACCUGGUUCUGGAGAGGCCCCGUCCCCUUCACUGACCCCGCCCCCUUCACUGACCCCGCCCCCAGAGGCUGUUUGUUUGGACGACCACUCAGUAGCAUCUGCAUCGACAACACACUGCCUCAGACUGUCAGAGACAUGCUGAGGUCCCUAUACCAUGAAGGGACCUGGACCAGGGGGAUCUUCAGGCGCUCCGCUGGUGCUCGGGCCGUGAGGGAGCUGCGGGACGCUCUGGACUCUGGGGACUCUGUGCCCAUGAGCAAGGCACACGUCUACAUCGUGGCAGGGGUCUUCAAGGAGUUCCUGCGGUGUGUACCUAACAGCCUGUUGUGUUGUGAGUUGUAUGAAGAGUGGCUCGAGGCUUUGGAGGAAGACGAUGAUGAAGAGGAGCAGCUCCGCGACGUUCAGAGAGUUCUGCUCAGACUUCCCAAAGAGAAUGUGACUCUAUUGCGCCACCUGCUGGCGGUUCUUCACUGUAUCCAAGGAAACGCCUCAGAAAACCUGAUGACCAGUUUGAACCUGUCCAUCUGCAUCGCCCCCAGUCUGCUGUGGCCCCCGGGGGCCCUGCACCGCCCCGAGGUGGAGGGAGAGGGGACCAGGAAGGUGUGUGAGUUGGUGAAGUUCAUGAUCGAUCAGACUCAGAGGAUGUUUGAGGACGACUGUAGUGCUCUGUUUGGAGGCCCCCCACGGAGCCAGAGCCCUGAGGACCUGAGCACAGAGCCUCUGACCGACUCGUCCUACGACAGUCUGGAAAAUGAACUUGACGACAUCAGCGGCUCUUCCAGUUUCCUCCGGCCGCUCCAGGGCAGCCUCGACUCCAUCCUCACCUUCAGCGACUACGACCACAAAAACCACCCGGAAACCCCACAGAACCUGCCCAUCGUUACCAGACACUACCACAUCGAGAAGCUAGGGGGCGACAGCGUGAUCUACAGCUCCAAACAGGACUUCAAACACAUGGAUUCUCCUCCGUCUCUGAGCUGCAGACAUCGGCCCCGGAGGAGGUCGGAGCCUGCGCUCACGUACAUCAGGAAGUUACAGCCUCAUCAUCCCAGUCCAGGCCAUGACGAGCAGCCAAACAGCCAAUCACAUUUGAGAGAUGAGUCCAGGAGGCGGGACGUGGGCUUUGGGAUGAAGUUUUUAGCCCUCGAAGAAAGCUCCUCAAGUUUAUCGUCCACUCCAAACUCUCCAGCACAAAACUACUCGUCCAUAGACUCGCUGGACUCGCUGGACUCGCUGGACUCGCUGGACGGUGAGAAACGGCCGCCGCUCAGAACCUUUGUCACAGACCAGAUUCCAGUGACGGUCAUCGCGACGCCAGAAGAAGACAGCGACGCCAACUCUCCACCGAAGGAGCUGGGGGCGGCCAAGAGCAGCGGGAAUCUGCAUCCAAACUCCUGGUUCAAGAAGGACUGGAGACUGACGCUGAGCCACAGAGACGGUGUGAAGAAGAAGAGCGCGAACUCGGGGGCUGCAGAGAAAUCCAAACGGGUCCAGAGCCGAGCGUUCUGUAGAGGAUCCAGAGAGCAGUCUGCAGAGGAGCAGAGACACUACGGUCCCACGGGAGGUCCCACAGGAGGUCCCACAGGAGGUCCCACGGGAGGUCCCACGGGAGGUCCCACGGGAGGUCCCACGGGAGGUCCCACGGGUCCAGCUCUGUCCCUGUUCAAGAGACACCAGGCCACGGACCCACAGGUCCCUCGCCUGUCUCAGAGACGUGGCUCUGAGCCGAGCUCCUUCCUCUUGGACAGAGUCUGCAGUCUCCGGAGACAGCGUCUUCCCAGCGACCCGGGCCUCAGAGUGUCCGAGGUGGACGUCCCAAAUGUCCAGGAGCCUCGCUUCUGUCUGUCUCCCUACACCACCAAAACUGUGAAGGAAUACUUCUCCUCACACCCGCGCAGCAACCCCCACAGCAGCCAGCAGGUGGCGCUAGCCCUGGUGGAGAGUCAGCGCCAGUGGAAACGCCGCUGCAGCGAUCCCCAGGCACCAGCAGACCUGCAGAGCCUCCUGCUGGAGGAGGGCUCGCUCCUGUUGGCCGAGGAGUCGUACGUUUAA